AGCGCUUCGGGACCUCGAGGGGACCCCCCUCUCUCUGUGUCUCCCCUCCAUUCAUGCUGCCGCUGGGGAGCAGCGCCCCCGCCUGAGCUCUGAAAAAUCUACUGCCUGUUUCCAGCUCCAGUCUGUCUCCAAGCUGUCUUCACGCACUGCCAGAUCGUUCUGUGAUGGAAGAUGGAAGACAGAGGGGCUCGUGUUGCUGACUACUUUGUUGUGGCAGGAUUGACUGAUAUUUCAAAACCACUAGAGGAGGAAAUCCACUUCAACGAUGCUUGUCACAAGCUUGCAAAGCCAAAAGAGCCAAUCACAGAUGUGGCGGUGAUAAUUAAAUCUCUGGGGGAGGAAGUGCCUCAUGGAUACAAAUGCAUAGAUGUUACUCCAUCAGGACUGUCAGCAGAUCUCAACAAUGGCAGCCUUGUGGGACCACAAAUAUAUCUGUGCUACAGGAGAGGGAGAAACAAGCCCCCACUUACUGACUUGGGGGUUUUAUAUGAUGGGAAAGAGAGACUAAAACAGGGUUGUGAAAUCAUCCAAGCCACUCCGCAUGGCCGCCCUGCAAAUAUCAGCGGAGGUGCUUCAUCGCAAAAAGUAUACAUCACAUUCCGAAGAGCCUUGGAGAACAUGACUCAGAAUACCUUGGCUGUCACAGACAUAUGCAUAAUUAUACCAAGUAAGGGAGAAACCCCACCACACACAUUCUGCAAGGUUGACAAGAAUCUGAACAGCAGUAUGUGGGGCUCAGCAGUAUACUUGUGCUACAAGAAGUCUGUGGCAAAAACAAACACCAUAUCAUACAAAGCUGGUCUAAUAUGCCGAUAUCCAGAAGACGACUACGAUUCAUUUCCCUUACCAGAAUCAGUACCUCUUUUUUGCCUCCCAAUGGGGGCAACAAUUGAAUGUUGGCCGUCUAAUAGCAAGUAUCCCCUCCCAGUGUUUUCUACAUUUGUACUAACUGGAGCUUCAGCUGAAAAGGUCUAUGGUGCUGCAAUACAGUUCUAUGAAACCUAUUCUGAAGAGAAUCUCACAGAAAAGCAGAAAUCUCAGUUGGGUUUAGUGGCUACUCCUGAUGGGAAGUCUGCUUGCUCCAAAACAGUCCAGACGAAUAAAUGCAUCUGCCUUCUUUCUCACUGGCCAUUCUUCGAUGCUUUCAAGAAAUUUCUUACUUUUCUAUAUCGUUAUUCCAUCUCUGGUCCACAUGUCCUGCCCAUUGAGAAGCAUAUUUCCCACUUUAUGCACAAAGUUCCUUUUCCAUCCCCUCAGAGGCCAAGAAUUUUAGUCCAGCUGUCGCCUCAUGACAGUCUGAUUCUUAGUCAGCCCAUAUCAUCACCUCUACCACUGAGUGGUGGCAAGUUUUCUGCUCUUCUGCAGAACCUUGGACCAGAGAAUGCAGUAACUCUCCUUGUAUUUGCGGUGACGGAGCAUAAAAUCCUUAUCCAUUCUUUACGACCGUCAGUCCUUACCAGUGUAACAGAAGCACUUGUCUCUAUGAUAUUUCCUUUCCACUGGCCCUGCCCGUACAUUCCUCUCUGCCCUCUAGCCCUGGCAGAUGUUUUGAGUGCGCCGUGUCCAUUCAUAGUAGGAAUUGACUCAAGAUACUUUGAUCUCUAUGACCCUCCACCAGAUGUUAGCUGCGUUGACCUAGAUACAAACACCAUUUCACAACCAGGAGAUAAGAGAAAUAUUGCAUGGAAGAUCUUACCAAAGAAACCCUGUAAAAACCUGAUGAACACUCUAAAUAACUUGUAUCAGCAGCUAGCAGAAUUGCAGCAACGACCAAGAGAUGACGCACUGAUGGAGCUGGCUAUGAAUGACUAUGAUUUCCAUUCAGGGGAAAAGCUGCAUCUGUUAGAUGUGGAAAUCCAGGAGGCGUUUCUCUGUUUCAUGGCCUCUAUCCUAAAAGGUUACAGGUCAUAUCUAAGACCCAUUACCCAAGCACCUUCUGAAACAGCAACAGAUGCAAGUUCCUUAUUUGAGCUGCAAGGGUUCUUAAAAAGCCGUGACCGUUCACAUCAGAAGUUUUACACUAUGAUGACCAAGACACAAAUGUUCAUUCGCUUCAUUGAAGAAUGCUCCUUUGUCAGUGAUAAAGAUGCAAGUCUUGCAUUUUUUGAUGACUGUGUAAAUAAAGUAGAUAUGGAUAGGACGGGUGACACGCGGCUUAUAGAACUGGAUGAAUCAUACAAGAGUGAGCAUACGGUUUUCAUAACUCCCCCAGAGAUCCCCCACCUUCCCAAUGGAGAAGAAGCUCCAUCACAGUACAGUUAUAGUGGAUUUCCUGUGCUGCAGCAAGAUCUGUUUGAGCGGCCUAAGGCACUCCUGACAAUACAGAACAGCAGAUUGUCUUCAAAAGCCAGCAGUCCCAACAGCCCCUUGCCAAUGUUCAGGAGAACAAAACAGGAAAUCAAGUCGGCCCACAAGAUAGCCAAGAGGUAUUCCUCCAUCCCUCAGAUGUGGUCUAGGUGCUUGCUGCGCCACUGCUAUGGCCUCUGGUUUAUCUGCCUUCCUGCCUAUGUCAAGGUGUGCCAUUCCAAAGUGAGGGCUUUGAGGACGGCCUAUGAUGUGCUGCGGAAAAUGCACUCGAAAAAGAUUGAUCCACCUGACGAGGUAUGCUACCGGGUGUUGAUGCAGUUAUGUGGACAAUAUGGCCAGCCUGUGCUAGCAGUGAGAGUCCUUUUUGAAAUGAAAAAAGCUGGAGUUGACCCCAAUGCCAUUACAUAUGGUUAUUAUAAUAGGGCUGUUUUGGAAAGUACUUGGCCGUCAAGCAAUCGAAGUGGCUAUUUUCUGUGGACAAAGAUAAGAAAUGUUGUCUUAGGAAUAGCUCAGUUUAAAAGAGUUCUAAGGAAGCAACCUGCAAAUGGCAUCCACAAAGUUCUUUCUGGGGAACAUUCAGAUCUGUUAUACAGGCUAUCGAAAGCAGCAGCUAAACAAGGGAAAGCCACUGCUCAGAGGAAUGGUGAGCAAAAGGAAGAGAAGAAAGAGAGUGACUCUAGUUCUUUAUCUGAAGUAGAAAGUGGAAAGGGAAGUGGUGACUGCCUUCCUUCAUUAAAUUAUCAAAAUUCGAAUAGAGCUAAGCCUGCGUCAAGGAUUGUUCGCCUGAAUGAUAAAAUUGGCAAAGUAGCAGAUACGGCAGGAGAGAUCGGCAGAGAAAGCUCUGCAGGAUUGUUAUUCUCUUGCUUUGAGGAUAUCAACAAAACAAGAGUUACUAAAGUUGAAAGCUUAAGAAAUAGGCACUUAAAAGCAGCUGAAUUGGAUCAGAAACGGAUAGUUUGGAGAAACAGGAACCGUAAUCUGAGUGGAGAUGCUUUGAUAGAACUCAUGAAAAACCAUAUUAACCAGGAGGCAAGUCCAGAACAAAUUGUUGAAAAACUAGGAGUGGAUGCAAAAAUUCUUUCCAAAGUGUUUGAGAAGAGAAAAAGGCCUAACACUCUCAACAUCAGACAGUCUUCCUUGGGACCCAGUAAGAGAGGUAACUUGGAGAAAGAAUCCAGUGAUGAGGAUGCUCCCUAUGAGGACCGUUUUGUGGACAAAACAGAGUCUCCUGUCAUAUUUGAUUUGGAAGAUUUGGAUAAUGAACCUUUCUCAGUGAAGACUGUGAAGCUGUUACAUAAAAGGCCAAAGAGGAUUCAGCGAGCCAUCAGCUUUCCAGUAAAGCUUGUUGAGAAAACUGGUGUUGAGAUGGGAUUUGAUCCACUUUCCUUGCUGGCUGCUGAGACAGAACAACAGAAAGAGGAAGAGGAUGACGAUGAGGACAGAAGUGCCUCAACCCCGUCUGCAAGGCGAGAUUUAGCUGAAGAAAUAGAAAUGUAUAUGAACAAUAUGAGCAGCCCCUUAACAAGCCGUACGCCAAGCAUAGAUUUGCAAAAAGCCUACAGUGACAAGAACACCAACAAAAGGAGUCCAACGUUGGCUCAGCCAUGCCGGAGAUCUAGCCUUCCUCCAAACUCACCCAGACCGGCAAGCCUUACCAAAUCCAAAAGCUACCACAUAAAAAAUGAAGAAAGGGGAAGGGACAGACUUUGGUCCUCUCCGGUAUUUUCUCCUCAUAAUUUGUCCAGGGGACAAUCUCAGGAUACAGCUGGUGCAAUAGCUCUUGCCUCUCCAACUGCUUUCAACUUGGAUACACUGCUAACACCUACCUUUGACGUUCUAAAGACCAGCAUGUUUUCUGCAGGGAAAGGGGUUGCUGAGAAGGCCAGCAAGUGGUACUCAAAGUUUACUACGUAUGCGGCAUCAGCAAAGGAUCAAAACUCAGACCGAGCAAGCAUUUCAUCCCUUGGGGCCCUUGAUUCAGAAACUGGCUCCCUGACUGAUGAGGACGUCUGCAAUGAUCUUGAAAGCAACUCCUCUCCUCAAGAGAACGCCUCCUCUGUGUUAAAGGGAAUUGGCUUGAGUAGGACAAGUCUUGAAAGUUCAGCUUCGAAUAGUGGCACAUCAAAGCGUUAUUCUCAGUCCGGCUCUCUUUCAAAGUUUCCUUUGCCUGGCAGAUCAGAGCUGGUAUCAUCUUGCAGUACAAGCAGCACCAGCGUGUUCCAGAAUUACGCACUGGAGGUCCUCAUCUCAAGCUGUUCACGAUGCCAUACCUGUGACUGUCUUGUACAUGAUGAAGAAAUCAUGGCAGGCUGGACAGCAGAUGAUUCCAACCUUAACACCACAUGCCCUUUCUGCGGAAACCAAUUCUUGCCUUCCCUGAACAUCGAAAUCAGAGAUCUACGGGGUCCUGGAAGAUAUUUCCUGAAAUCCAGUCCAUCUUCAGAGAACAUGCAGCUUCCAUCAUCUUUUUUCAAUCAGGCAGCAAAGCCCUGCAUCUCUGAUCCCACAUCAGGAUUUUCAGCAUCUCUAAUACCUGCUCAGGACGACUUGCAUUCAAAUAGAUCCAAAGAGCCUGAUAGCACCUGUGCCAGAAGCAUUCAGAUCCCUCCAAGAAGGCAAAAUACUGCUGGGACUGAGCACACCAGCCAUGCCUUGUCUCGAAGCAUGAGUACCUUCAGUCCCCUGGAGGUGGAGGAAACAGAGCAUCACAAGCACAGUCACAUUGUUCCCACUGGGAGCUUGCCUACCACAUUGCAGGGGACAGCUGAUCCUUUGGGGUUGGAGUGGCGUUUGCAGAGUCCAGAGCCCAUAACUGUCCCAUACCUGAGUCCUCUUGUUGUAUGGAAGGAGCUUGAAAGUUUAUUAGAAAACGAAGGGGAUCAUGUGAUAACAGUGCCAGACUUUGUGGACCACCAUCCCAUUGUGUUCUGGAAUCUAGUGUGGUAUUUUCGACGCCUGGACUUACCUAGUAACUUACCAGGAUUAAUACUGUCCUCUGAGCAUUGCAAUAAGAAUUCAAAGAUUCCCAGGAAUUGCAUCUUAGAGGACAGCAAGUACGUUCUAAUUCAGAUGCUGUGGGACAACAUGAAAUUGCAUAAGGAUCCAGGGCAGCCUCUCUAUAUUCUGUGGAAUGCACAGACACAAAAUUACCCAAUGGUUCGCUUACUGCAGAACGAUGACAGCUCAUUUAACCAGGAGCUCUUAAGAAGCAUGGUGAAGAGUAUUAAGAUGAAUGAUGUCUAUGGGCCAAUGAGCCAGAUUCUAGAGAGACUGAACAAAUGGCCACAGAUGAAAAGGCAAAGGAGCCUUUAUAGAGAAAUACUAUUUCUCUCUCUUGUUGCGCUUGGAAGGGAUAACAUUGAUAUAGAUGCUUUUGACAGAGAAUACAAAAUGGCUUAUGACCGCCUUACAGUAAAUCAGGUGAAGAGCACCCACAACUGUGAUAGGCCUCCAAGUACAGGAGUGAUGGAAUGUCGAAAGAUUUUUGGGGAGCCGUACCUUUAAAAAAGAAAUAUUGCACCUAAUGAAUUGCAGCAGGGUUUGUAUGAAGAAACAGAAAAGACUUCAGAAAGACUCUCACCCUUCUCCAUUUAAAAAAGCAUCUUCAGCUUUGUUUUAAAAUUAGGAUUUCCAAGGGGGGAAAUGUUGCUGGAAUGACUUAUGAGCCGUGGGCCAGAGUAGGCUCUCUUCACUGUGGACAGUGUCUGCAAAACAUGUAGGGGAGAAAACGGAAUGGUCCAUUGCAGAAAGCUUAAGCAGAGAUGGACCAAAAUCAUGUACUGAAAGUUUGCAUGAAUGAAAUAAGCUUUUCAGAACUGUUUACAUAGAAAGUUAAAAAUGUCACAGAGCUCAUACCAGAGUUGUAUAAUAACAGAUUUUAAAUUAUUUAUAGCAAGUUCAUAUUUUUUUAACUUUUUAAAUUACUAUAGUGAAUCAAGUGAUCCUGUUGCAGAAGCAAUACUUUUGUCCUCCCUCAGAAUAUUGCUGUUUAUAGCAACAGGUCUUUUUUGCAGAUAAAGCCCUUCUCUCUUUCAUUUUUUAAAAAGUAGUGUGGAAAUAUCGAUGCUGUUCUCAAUCACAGUGCAGGUUGUAGUAUUUCCUGUCCCUCCCCAUAAGUGCACACUUAAAAGAUUGCAGACUUUAGCUGACAAGUAUUUCAAACUUGUAUGAAGCUUUCAUAAGUUACGUGCAUUUGUCACUUUCAAGUGUGUUGGCUGUUGGGGAGCCACCGCUAUACAGAUAAUCUGUUGCAAAGCCUGCCAUUUAAAGAGCUACUUUAGGCAUUCCAAUGGGUCAAG